AAUGCAACCUUUCCAAGUAUAAAUUGUUCUUGCCUAACAGUUGAUAAACAAAGUUAACACAAAUAUUUCAAAGCAAAACAAGUUACCUACAUAACCUAAAAAUGCAUAUGGCUUCUAACUUGCAAAGGACACUGAUCAAAGGACAACCUCCUUCUACUGAUAAGAUCUAAGAUCUGUGUGAACUUAGUGUAAUGUGUCUACAGGUUGUACUACCAAACCAAACAGCCGGUCAAAGCAGUGCUUCCAUUCAAUACAUGUGGAAUUACACAUGUGUUUAUUUACAUUUUACAAUGGUUUUGACAUAUAUAUAUAUUAUAUAUCAAGUCAUUCAUUUACCGGCAGAAACGAAAGUUAUCAAUUUUAGAAAAUUUUCAGUUAUUUACACAAUAUUAUCUCUAAAAUGGCAUCUAUUCGCUCCGUACUGUUUGAGGGUGUCCGUGUCAGCGCUAUUAUGGCAGUCGGGGACGUUAUUUGCCAAAAAGUUGUGGAAAAACGAGAGCUUCGCGACGUAGAUGUAAAACGUGUGUUGAAAUUUUCUUCCGUGGGUUUAUUAUAUAUCGGCCCAGCAUUGAAAUUUUGGUAUGGAAGUCUUGAUAAAAUCGUUCCGAAAAAUGGCUCGACACUUAAACGCGGAUUGAAGAAAAUGGCUUUAGAUCAAAUAUGUUUUGCACCAGUAUUUCUAGCCGGUGUGAUAAGUGUAUUUGGUUUGGUAAAUGGUGAUAAACCAGCAGUAAUAAAAGAACGAUUGAGAAAGGAUUAUAAAACGGUUAUGACUGGAAAUUAUAUACUUUGGCCGCCUGCACAAAUUUUCAAUUUCACCUUCAUUCCAAUUAACUAUCAAGUAGUGUUUGCGCAGUUCGUAGCACUUUUUUGGAAUAUAUAUUUAUCCUUAAAGUUGAAUGAUGAUAAUAAGUAAUUAUUUGCUGUAAAACCGCAACCUCUUACGAGAAAAGCCACACAAGAGCAUAGCAUCGGAUGUUAAGAGAUAUUUAUGAAUCUGCCCAUAAGAACAUGCAUUUAUCGUAAGAUGCAACCAAAUCGCGUUAAUCCUAAUCUCCAUAAAAAAAUGCAAAAUAUAAAGAAAAAUGUAAAAAAUACUUAUGUGUAAUACUAUAAUACUAAAAAGUGUACAUACAUAUAUGAUACGAAUGAAAUACCAUAAAUGUCGCAAUUCUUAUAAUACAAAAGAAAUAUAUUUGGA